AUGGCUGAUAGCACGAAAAGCAGUCCAUCCAAGGUGACGGGUGAGGUUAAAACAGCAUUUCCAAUAGUGGGAAUUGCUGAGGGUUUGCCAUACACAGAAAGUGAGAAGGCCAUGCUGCAAUCUCAGUUAGAUCAGCAGUGUGGAGGUGAUAUCAGUGACGUUUCUCUCUGGGAGAAGUCUAUACUUCCUUUACUUGUGAGCAUGGUGACAAAGGUAUUGGAGCUCGCUGCAUCCAAAUAUGGGGAGAAUGCUGAAAACACUACCAACAACAACAACAACAAUGACAAUAGUAACAAUAGAAAUAGUAAUAAUAAUGUUACUACACCAGCGAAUAAUCGAGGAUUGAAAGUUAGUGCACCAGGAACGGCAAAGACACCCAGCAAAAUGGAUCUUUUUCUUGAAGAGAAUGCAUACAUAGUGGAACAGCUUCAACUCCAACAAUGGCCUUUUUUUACACUGCCACGACUUGUGGAAUUACUUGCAAAUCCUUUCACUUACAAUUGUGAUUCCGAAGGACAUCUUCGGGGAGAAAAAUUGCAGGCGGCAAUUGGACGUUGUGUAUUGGUGUCGGCUCCAUUGUUUACUUCAGAGGGGAAUGACUACAGCGGUUGGCGGUGA